CGCGCGGACUGCCGCCCGUCUACGCUGCUGCUGGCGCGUAGCGUGAAAAGUCGGCCGACCGGGCACGUCGAUCGGUCGUUCCGACCGGACGCCGUGAUACGCGCUCGCUCACGGCGUGCUCGUGCUGCUACUACGUGUGUGCGGUGCUUGUGAAAUCGCGGCGCCGCGGUCGUCGCGCGCGCGUCGGGCCGGCACACGGCUGACACGCGGCUCGUCCGGAACGUCCAUCGGCACGGGCACGGCCGCACGGUCGCCUCCUCCCUGCGUUGCGGGAUUAAACCUCUCUCUCUCUCUGUCUCCCUCCCUCUCCCUUUCUCUUUCCUCUCCUCUCUCCCUCUUUCAUCAUUGUCCGUAAAACCUCCCUUCUCUUUCUUGCCCCUUCGAACCUCCACGCUCGCGCGUGCAUAGGCGUUCGCGCGACGACGACGACGCCGUUAUUGAUGCGUGUAGCCACGCAGUGUACAGUGUGUACGCACAUGAAUGUACGACGAUGUACAGUACGCGCGGGAUAAACGCACGUACUCGCCGUCGUCGCUUGCCUCUCGCGCGCGUAUCGUACGUGUCGUGCGCGCUGUACCUGCUCUCUCUCCCCCCUCCGCCCCCCUCUCUUUCUCGCUCCGUUCUCUCUCUUCCUCUCUCUUCCUCUUUCUCCCUCUCGCUCUAUCUCUUGCUCGCACUCCCCAAACGGCGUGUGCGUGCGGUGCGUACUACCGGAAUUCACAAAACGCACUCGCACUCCACGAGUUCGUAAACUCGACCUCGAGACGCCGAUUUUCGAUCGAAGCAGCGAGUGAGCCGCAAUAUUAAAUCGAGUGUGCAAUGUCGACGCCUCGCGAACGACAAAAACGACGGUGUUGAAUUGGAUUGAUAACUGACCGAUCGUUCGAACCGUUAGGGUAACGUUUCGUUUCGGAACGAUCGCCCGUCUGUUGCGAAAUUUUCUUCUCGUACUUCACGGUCUUCAAAUGCUAACGGAAUUUUAUGUGUUCGUUCUUCCCAUUUCUCCCUCUCCCUCCCUCUCAUUCUUUCUCUUUCUGUGUUUAACCAUAAGUGCGCCAACAUUGAUACCCCGACGAUGAUUAUCGUGUUGUCCGUCUAACAGAUACCGAUGAAUCUGCGACAGGUUGUUUACGCGCUUCUGCGACAUCCGGAGAAGAAGUUUCCCGCGUGAACGGUUGCUGCGAAGUGCGCGGUGACGAGUCGCGAAUGGACGCAUCACGGAGUAUGUUGCUCUUUUAGUGGUGGUCAGACUCGAGAGUGUGCCGACUAGUCGCGAAAGCACAUUGUGGACGAUAGCUGUUUGAUAGUCAGUGUCAACGGGUCGUAUGAAUAAACGUGAAGCGAAUGUUCUCGGCGGAAGAAUCUCUGCGUACGCCUGAGUGUGUAUCACAAGAAGAGAAGUUUGAUAAGUUUCCAGAUAUAGGAAAAUAUUGUUUCUUCUCUAAAGAUACAAAUGACAAAGAUAAAAAUAAUCCAGAUCCUCAGUAUGGUUUGAAUGAUCACGGCUCUCCUAUUUCUCCCAGCAAUGGGCUGUACACUUUGGCUGGUGCGCCACAAUGGGCACUGUCAACGUCAAACAAUCUCUUACACUGGCUUGAUCUGCGAGCAUUGCUAAUACGAAGAAACUCUGCGUGGGACAUAUACAAUUCACUUCGCGCAACAAAAGCUAUCGAGGAAUCUAUCAGUCCAUACUUAAUUUACCCCAAUUAUUUGCAAACAGUACGACACGAUGAUAGGAUAGUGGAUCCUAAUGUACUACCUAGUACAGUUAAUGAAUCACUAUCCGGACAGACAGAAAAGCUGCAGGGGGAACAGAAAGAUAGACUGGAUAACAAGCGGAAGAGUUUCUACAAGGAGUCGGAGCUUGGCUUGUUAGAUAUCGAUAAAACGAUAUUUAACCCACGUACACUCGCACAUUCGUUUAAAAAAGAUAAAAGCAAAAUUUUAUCCGAGUCGCAGAGAGGAAUCUGUCAAGACGUAGAUAUUAGCCACUCCAGCUGCGUAUCGAAGCAUCGAAUCGACGUGCGAGAUAUUGCCGAACAGAGAAUCUCGUCAGACAGCAUCGAGCACAGUAAAAAACCUGAUGCCGAUGAUUACGCCACUUCUGCAGCACAUAAUAAGCCACUUAAUUUAGUAAUAAGCGUGAAGGAGAGCGCACGUCAUACUUACAACGAGACGAAAGAUCGGCAUUCGUCAAUCGUCGAUGAAGGGACACGCUCGGUGGAUCGUGCCAUUCUAACACAAAUAGAUCAUUCCCCCGAUGUGCAAAGCAGUUACGACGCAAAGUACAAGAACAUAGAUUACGGUUUGUUGAAGCUUUCCGAUUUGGAUGAGUUGUCAUGUAAUUCGGACAGGGGUAAAGAACUGCUGGAGACUGUCAGCAAAUUGCACACCGAUAACAGCGAGUUGAACAGCACAGAAAUUCUGCAUAAAUACGUGACGCAUGUGUUACUUCCACAUUUGAACGACGGGAAGCCGAAGGGAAGGUCAGCCUGGCCGCAUCUACAGUCGAAUGUCAAAUGUAACAACAUCAAGAAAGAAAGUUCCACCGAAGAAGAGGCACACAAGUCAGAAAGCACCGAUCUGGUGUCCGCCUGCAACCCAACGUUAAGCAAUUGGGCGUGUUUCGAGAUGUCAGGACAGUAUCCGGGUCAUAGCCGACCACCGGUUGGCACACCUCCACCGCAGACUGUCUGGAAUCAUCUCACUAUGACGCAGGGUCAAGCUCUCAAUAUCCACCCGACGGCGUUGUCUGGCGCUGCAUUGAGCCCAGCCGGGUUCUAUACGCAUCCAUCGAUGGCGCGGACGUCCCAUCUACCAACUCAACUCACUCCGCAGCUGGCUCACACGCAAGCACCACCAACGUGGCACACGCCCACGGUUCCCUCGAAGAGUGUCACGUCGGCAAACGCUCCAGGCAAUCCCCUGUUCAGUCUCCAAAUGCUGGUGGAUAAUCGGCAAAAUCAGAGUCAGUACAGGAAUUCGCCGGGCUCGCAAAGCACGUUAGACCUCUCGUCUACGUCAGAGAUUAUUCCGGAGAACUAUUCCCGAUUACCUCAGGAUAUCCCGAUAAGCUUGACCGCGAGGAACGUGGACAAAGGCAGUCGAAACGGGAACAUAAUCUCGCCGCCAAUACCGCUGAACGGAGAGACCUCAUCAGACAGUGGUAUCAGUUCGUCUGUACCAACACCAAACUCUGUCAGCGAGCCGGUCUCGCUAUCGACAAAGGAGGUCACCACUCCUAAGAUAACGGUGAAAAACUUCGAGAGUAAUCUAAAGGGAGUCGCGAAUCUUCACGAUAAGAUUAAGGAAAUGAAUGUAGAUAAUUUUACGCAGAAAGUGAUAAAUUUGCCGCCUAGUGUGACAAUAGAGAGGGUCGUCGCAGACAAGAAGGAGUCCGAAGCUCCUACCGCGAAAGUUAAGGACACGUUGAGUGUUAUCGCGCAAGUGCCAAGGAACGUCUUACCUGUUAUAGUCAAUCUCACGUCCAAGAUGGAGAAGGACGUCACGGAUAGUCCUAAGAGAGAAUCUUCGUCGGAGAGGGACCGGAAACACGAGGAAACGAGCGUGAGAUCGCCCAAGAACUUGCCGAAGCGAGGUAAGAAGGGUGUCGAUUCCCUUCUAGAGAAAUUAGAAGGCGGCAACAAAAAACUUGGCACCGAAAAUAUCGGUUCUGUGAUCGUGAUGCCAGUAGAGGAGAAGGAUACGUCCAGCGUCAAGAGUAUGUCGCCGGAGAGGCAGAAGUCUAGAUCGCCUAAUCGGGAGGAUGAGGUCGUGUCGCCGGCCUUCAGCAACGAUGAUUCGAACGAUAACACGAAGCAGCGCAGAAAAAGAAAGCUGGAAAAACCCGUGAGGUUGAGCAAAGAUUCGAAAACCGAGGUGGAGGACAUGGAACUUGAGCCGACGGAACCCACGGAGCCGAGAACAAUGAACCCGAUAUCGGAGGAGACGACUAGUUCCACGCCGGCGAUCGACGUUAAGCCAGAGGAACAAACUGUCAGUGGGACGGAGAGAAUAUCAGACAAAGCAGUCGUGGCGGAGGAAAACGCGGAAGACGGAUCGGAGGAGAAUCAGCCGAUCCGAAGGCGGAGAAGUAGCGAAGGUACCACGGCCAACAAUUCGACACCGACGAAUCAGAGGGUACGGAGAAAAUCCAGUGACGAUACGUCGUGCGAAUUUGUGAAGGCGACCAGUCCGAAGAACGCGAGCAAUACGCCAGCAGCGACGGCGGUUGUGGCGACGACGACAAUGACCACAACGACGACGACGACGACAGCGACGUCGGCAAAUCCUUUCAAUCAGGUCGAGUCGGAAUUGGCGAGGAUGUUCGCCGGCAUCGUCGAGGCGGACACAGAUGUCAAAAAGGAAGAAUCAAAAGCCGAACUCGCGAUCGCAGUGAUCCAGGACGAUAGCGCCGCUGCGAAGCUCGAGAAUAGUCUUGAGAAUAGUAUUCUGCCGACGAUGACGGACUCGCAGAAUUCGCAGACUAAUCCGAUCGACGUUUCUUCCACGGUAGACACAAAGCUGUCGUCGGGGAAGAAGAGUAAAAAGGGCAAGAUGCAGGGUAGCAAAAGGAAAAUCUGCAGGUCGUCGGAGAAUAUCUUUGGUGCGACAGGCGACUCGCCGUCGAAGGAGACAAAGAAAAGACGAACGUCCAAGGGCGCGAAGAAGCAGGAUCAGGCGUCGAAGAAGGCGAAGAAAAACACCAAGGUCGACGGCUUGAGGGAGAUGGCGUAUGAUUCCGGCUCGAACGCUAGUUCAAUCAGGUCGCGGGGGCCGGUGGUUCACGUAGAGGGGCCGCGGGACAGUCCGUUGAGUAUCCAAGUAGUGAAUGCGCCGCGGGAGGAGGAGGAGGAGAAGAGCAAGGAAAAACGGAAAAGUGUCGGCAACGGGAACACAGGCCGAAGUAAGAGGCUCAGUCAUCAAAACGAUUUAGAUUACAGGGGUAAAGUCAGUAGAGCGGGUCUCUUCAGUUCAACUUUGUCAUCGCGAUACGACGCGCACACCACGGACUCGACCUGGGUCUGCGUAUUCUGCAAGCAAGGUCCCCAUUCUGUUAUACCCGGCGAUCCAUCCAGACCACAUCCGAAUCUGGCUGGGCCACACAUCGCGACUGGAACAUACACGGUUCCAGCCGGCGUGUUAAGCGACUUAUUCGGGCCGUACUUGAUCGGCAAAGAACGCUUGGAGGACGGUAUCCUGUCCGCCGAUGAGCAAGAGAUCACGACGGAACAGAAGAAAGGCGGGAAGAACAAGAGGAGCUUGAGGUACGCCGGUCUGGCCGAUCAGUUCUCCGCGAAGAUGAGCAAGAAGAAGCGAAACUCCGUCGAGAGUAACACAAACGCCAUUUUUACGGGUAUGACCUUACACCCCGGCGGGGAGGAGCAGCGAUGGGAAGUGUGGCUUCACGAACAAUGCGCGGUGUGGGCAGCCGGGGUUUACAUGGCAGGUGGCAGAGUGACGGGACUGCAAGAGGCGGUAUGGGACGCCGCCAAGUCGGUGUGCGAUUCCUGCGGGUUGACGGGUGCGAACAUCGGCUGCGUGAAACGAGGCUGUAAGGCUGUUGCGCAUUACCCGUGCGCGCUGACGAAAGGUUGGCACCUGGACACGCAUCAGUAUAUACCCAAGUGCAACCUUCAUCGGGUUACGUGAAACUCCGGUGAGUCUAUGUGCGUAGGCUAAUGUGGAGACACAGAUCGUACUCGCAUUAUAUCACUGAGAUCCGGCUUUAAUUAGAUGCACAUGAAUAAUGGGCAAUAAUGUGUAAGAGACUAAGUAUGUAAAUUCGAUUUACGACUGAAGAUAGCCUUACUAGUUGGUAAGGUAUGCUCUAGUUAAACAAAGCGCAGGAGCAAAGCAACCUCACGUGCGACAUGCAAUCGUUAGCUACGCGAGAUUUAACAAAGCUACAUUGAGAUUCCAACAGAGGCGCAACUAACUUCUUCCCUGAAAUUUCAUGAAACUGAACGGAACUGUUUACAUGGUGAGGUGUUUUGUGAUUACGCUUUGUAACAUUCGACGCGUAAGUGUAUCUGGAGCGUGAAAGUAUAAGUGUAAAAGCAAUUAUGCUAAUUUCUCCAGACAUCAAACGUAGAAUCAAUAUGCUCGAGAAAAAUAAUCUUCCAAUGUACAAGAUGUUUAAAUGAGAACAUCGUCUCUCUGAAAACAAAAAGGAUAAAAGAAAAUCAAUCGUGAAACGAAAGUGGAAAAAUAGAAAAAUUUUUCUCGAUAAUUGAAUUUAACUAAUUUUCUUGGCCUGUGGCCUUGAAUAGUGGCCUUUUCGACUAAUAUAAAAAAAGGAAGAUUUUUGUUAAUUUCGAAUCUGUAGAGUAGACUGAUCGCUAUCGAGGAACAAUGAUAAUCAAAAAAAGAGGAGAUUUUUGCUUUUUUACUCGCAUUUAUGAGACCUUAAAACACUAUAAAUCUUUCUUAACAUCAUGUACGCAGGAAUAUACAAAUAGGGCAUAUUGUACUGGACUUUAUCAAACUUGAAAAAUCUAUCGAAUUGUGACGGUCAUAAAAAUCGAAUUGUAGAAUCGAAAUCGUGUAUAAACGCAGUAAAAAA